GUUGAAAUUCCAUCAGUACAAGUUGAGCAAAGCAAAGAGAAAAGGAAUACGAUCCAAAAUAUUACUAGACUUCAGUUUACGUUACGUUGAAGAAUUUAAGUGACAAGAAAAGUGCUCUUUUUCCAACCAGAGUUCUAUAUAACGAUGUUCACUAUGGAAGGUCGUCCAGCUUUGGCUUUACAAGCAUCUGCCUGCUUUUUCUUUGUACAAGCCGUGGUCAUGGCGACUAGCACCAUCGACACUGACCACAUAACUGGUUGCCACAACAACAACGUCAUGUUAAACUGCCCUCUAUUCCAGACAGCAAAGAGUGAGUCUUCUGACAAGGUUGAGCUGGAGUGGAAGUAUAGAGAGACCCGAUGGAAGAAGCUCGCAGCUAUUGAUGGAGAUGGAAACAGAAGUGUCGUCUCCUCGAACCGGACACGGUACCAGAACAGGCUGACUCUCCAUCCAAACGGAUCAAUGAUGAUCGCGUCUUUGACGCCUGAUGAUGAACGAUCGUACUUGUGUAAGGUGGGAGUCGAUGGAAGCUCGAAGCAUUACCUGGUCAAGCUGAAUGUCACGUGCACCGGUAAAGUCACUGUGAUCAAACGUGAAGUCUGCAUAGAAGAAGACGUUGUUCUCAAUUGCGACGCAAUACGCAGAACAAACCCGAGAAAACUGAAACAAGUCACAUGGCACGUGAAGAACACAAGCAGCUCAAACAGUGACACCUCUUGGUCACCAGUCGUGGAUUCUGAUGGAACGACUGUCAAGAGUGGUGAUGGCUUUAGAAUGAACGAGAAUGGGUCUCUAUCCCUGCAAAGCCGUGUGAGAGACGAAGGUCAAGUGAUGUACAGAUGUGAAGUGUCCAAGAAUGUUGACAGUCCACGUGAAAUGCACGUGAUUGUGCUAAAGAAUAUCAAGUGUGGUAUCUUGAAAAGGAAAAGUGAAAAUGGUAUGCCAUCAACAGUUAACGUCUGUAUUGGUCAUCAAGCUGAACUGGUCUGUCCCUUUCUCAGAUCAGCAAACAUCUCACAUGUUAGAUCAGUAAAAUGGCACGCACGGACCAUAGGGAGCUCAAAACACCUCCAACAACUGUUCCAUAUCAAACUGAGAGAAACUUCAAAUGGGACGGUCUUCGGGAAGAAUUUGGCGCGUAAUACUUCAAGGCUCCAUGGCGCGGCUGGUAAAAGCAUAGAACUGGGGCUCAAUGGCUCACUUUUGAUCAAACGUAUUCGCAGUGUCGACGAGGGUGAUUAUGAAUGUAUCGUGAAGACCCGACAUCAUCAUCAGCCGUACAGGCAUCUCAUUCGACUCCAGCCCAUCUCUUGCAAUGACUCGAGAAAAGUCAGUGGAAAAAACGCUACCUUAUUCCCAACACCCUCUAUAUCCCGACCAGCUACUAUUAAAACGACCGCUGGCCGUGUCGCUUUGACAACCGCUCCAGCUAAAGGAAUUAAUGGCUCCACGAUAACAGACCGUGUGUCAAACCAGAACUCUACACAAGAGAAAGAAAAUCCCUUAAAAACUUCAGAUCUAUCAGGAACGUCCCCAACAAGCGUGGGUGAGAGCAACCAAACAAGAAAUGGAUCUCAAAUCACGGGUACUUUAGCACGAUUUCUUUCUGGUUCGAAAAAACAAGCAACAAUCAAGAGCAGUACAUCAACCAGUACAUGGACGAUGAUGAAGCCUUCUUUACAGACGGUCAAGACAUCUACAAGAGUUACCACUUUCACUACCUUCUACUCCGGUACGACAGAAGGAGACGCUCUUUCGAAGGAAUGGUCAUUAGAAGGCGCAGAAGACAAUGGAAAUGGCUUUAUCUGUGGAGGUGUUCUGAAUAAUUCUGUCGGUACAUUCCAAUCACCGAAUUUCCCAAGUGCAUAUCCUGCAAACUCUCAUUGUAAAUGGACCAUCCGUCUUCCCCAGGACUACGCAGCCAUCAAUGUUACGUUUCAUCACUUUGACCUGGAAGAUGAACAAGACUGUAGACGGGAUCAUGUCGCCAUCUUUGACGAAUUAGGUAACCUGGUUGGUCCCCGCCAUUGUGGAAUGAUGGACUGCCCGAGUGAAUUCCAAGUGAAAGGAAGACUUGCCGUUGUUAUAUUCCGCUCAGAUGCCUCUUUACAGAAAACUGGAUUCAAACUAAGCUAUAAAAGUGAUAGGCAAGCUAAAUGAAUAAACUUGAAAGCAAUACCGGGACGAAACCUUAGGCAUAAAUGGUCACGUGAUUGAGGAAAUUUCCCGCCAAAAUUGUCAUUGGUAUUUUUCAACAUCUUUUUUUUGCCCAAGCUGCCUUCUUCAGUGUAAUAAAUGCAAAAAAAAUAUCGGGUUGCCAGAAGAAUAAGAAAAUGUUGCGGUACACGACCACGUGACCUGCUCGUGAAGGUCAUGUAGACAGCAAAGGUUUCGGUAUUUUCUUGUCUAGUCCCACGAGGUUUGUACAAAAACUGGUGAGGUUGUCCCGCAUGGCAUUGUGGGGUUCAAGAUGACGGAGGGUUUUCACUUCAGUUUAACAACUCUGUGCGAGACGAAUUUCUCAGCAGUAAUUUGUAUACACUGAAAGAGGAAUUGUUAUUCACUGGGAAUGGCUUUGAAUAUUUCUUAGAGAAUUGAUGUAUUUCAAUUAAUAAUAGUGUAAAUUACUAAGUCAUUGAUUAGCUUUAGUUUUAUGAAGCUUCAGGAAUAUUAUCAGAUUUGUAAAGAUGGAACAAUGCGAUUGCAUUUAGGAGCUAAAUAAACGAUUUCAAAUCAUU